AUGCCGCCGCGAGCAUCGCUAACGAGCUCCUUCUCGGUCACCGACGUCAAUAAUGAAGUGGUGUGUCCGUUGAAGAAUAACGAUGGCUCCAAUUGCCGGAAGAGAUGUCUGGGUGAGAAGCGCUAUCGCUCCAUGCAGGAGCAUAUCCGGAGAGCCCACCCGAACCACUACAUUCCGAAGCUCCCGGCGACCGAGGAGAGCUUCAUCUUGAUGGUGACCACCCCUCCAGACCAACGGGCUCAUCUAUCUCCCUCGACUCAAGCUCCAUCUCGGCGACGCAAUGAAAUCGCUGAUCGGGAUAUCUACGUUGCUGACGCUAGCUCUCCGGCAACCCCGCGGGGCAUUGACGAGACUCACCCCGCGGCAGCGACCGCCGCCGUCGCAUUGGCGCAAUUGCACCACAACCGUCUAGCUUCCGACUGGGAUACGGACAUGGAGACUCACUCGGACAAUGACCGAGACCGCUUGCGAUCCGUUGAACUGCCUUCCCUGAGGGAGCACUUCAAGCAGGAGGCUUCGCUGCCUCCAUUCUCAUCCCCUCGUCCUCGCGAGCUUCUCCCGUCCAUUCUGACGCACUCCCCGCCCGGUCGCUCUUCCACUCUGCCUCCCAUCCAGCAUCGAGACAAGCUUCCUCGUCCUCGCAAGUCGUCCAUUUCUAGAGCUAGAAAACCGAAGCAUGAGCGGACUAGAUCCAAGGAAUACGGCCGACGCCCUAGUCUGGGCGAUCGCAAGGCGCUUUCUGCGGAACCACAGACUGCCGCAUGGGCUCAAGGCAAGCGCUGGGAAGAUUUGAUUGAGGCAGCUACCUCGGCCACGGAAGCGGAUGACGAUCACAACUCGGAUGUUGGUCGGUCGCCUACAAUGCCCCCGUUGAUCUCCAAUAUCACUUCGGCGCCUUCGGUCGGCAAUCACCGGUCAUCGCUACCACCGGCUUUUCAACCCUCACCUGGACUGCCGCCACCGACCUCUCAUCGGCCUUUCCCUCCUCACGCCUAUGCGGCGUCACCGCUACACAAGUCUUUAACGCCGCCGCCGUUUGACACCGCACGCAGUCGUGAUAGUGAUUUGGAACCAUUUCCCUCCAUUGAAUCCUCGCUAGAUUCGGCAUCGACGGCGUCAGGGAAAACCUACGCUUUCUCAAGUCACAUGAGCACCUCCAACAACGAGUCUAGCCCGGUAUUGAACAUGUAUCCUUCUUCUGCAUCUCAGCGCCAGCAUCAUCGGUUCUCAAACCCCACACCGGCGUCAUACCGCAACAGAGAGAUCCAAAUCUAUUGUGCCAGUUGCAAACGCCCGUGGGCUUUGAAUGAAUGCUACGCCUCGCAAUGUCGCAUGGACCAACAAGCUAUCCCAGUCCCCGAGGCUGCCCUCGCUGCCGCACUGUGGGUGGAAAAUGGAAAGCUUUCCAGCUCGACUUCAGGUGAAUACACCCUUAUUCUUGAUGUCUCCAGAGUGAAGCGCACUCUGGUGAGCUUCUGA